UUUCAGCCUUCUCUUUCUUGCUUCCCGUCACUCUAACCACCUCUCUCUCUCUCUCUCUCCUUUCUUGGUAUUUUCAUGCUCUCAGUUGGGUGGUUAAAUUCAGUUCGAAGCAAUGAUUACUACAGUGGGAAGGCAAUAUCUUUUCUGGGAUUUAGCUAUCUCCCAAGAUGUCUCAUUCUAGGACAAAAACUCUUGUUGUGUGUGUGAGUGUCAUCAGUUUUAUUUGCUGUGAGUGUUUCUUGGUUUUCAAGGUGAGAAGCUGCAUCAGCCCAUGGCGGCCAUCCGGCGGCUGCUCUUCUACUGUCUGCUGCCUUUCUGCGCCUGGAUUCGUGUUGUGGAUGCUAUGACGAACCCCCAGGAUGCUGCUGUGCUUCGAUCACUCAAAGAUCAAUUGGGCGGGACACCUCCAAGUUGGGACAAUUCUGAUGAUCCUUGUGCAGACUGGGAGGGAGUUGCCUGCAACAACUCAAAGGUCACCUCAUUGGGAUUGUCCACAAUGGGACUAACUGGUAAGAUGAGCGGUGACAUUGGGGGUCUCAACGAGUUAGUUUCUUUAGACUUGUCGUUCAAUCCUGGCCUCACUGGUUCCCUGUCUCAGCGACUGGGAGAUCUGCAAAAAUUGACCAUAUUGAUUCUGGCUGGAUGCAGCUUUACUGGCAACAUACCAAGUGAACUAGGAAACCUGUCCGAGCUAACAUUUCUAGCCCUGAACUCAAACAACUUAACCGGUGAGAUCCCGCCGUCUUUGGGUAAACUCUCGAAGCUAUACUGGCUUGACCUGGCAGAAAAUCAGCUGAGAGGACCGUUACCUGUUUCAUCUGCUUUUGGACCAGGACUCGACCAGCUUAAAAAGGCAAAGCACUUCCAUUUCAACAAGAACCAGCUAUCCGGUGAAAUUCCGAGCCAACUUUUCAACUCAGAUAUGUCACUGAUACAUGUGCUUUUUGAUGGGAAUCGGUUUGAGGGGAGCAUUCCAUCUACGGUUGGAUUGGUACAGACACUUGAGGUUCUUCGUCUUGAUCGAAAUUCCCUGAAGGGAGAUGCACCAUCAACCCUCAACAACCUCACCAGCGUCAUCGAAUUGAACUUGGCUCACAAUAUGUUGUCUGGCUUAUUACCGAAUUUAACCGGAAUGAACUCCCUCAAUUAUGUGGACUUGAGCAACAACUCUUUCAGACAAUCAAAAGCCCCUGAAUGGUUCUCGACUUUGCAGUCGCUAACAACUUUGAUGAUUGAAUACGGACCGUUGGAGGGAGCUGUGCCAUCAGAACUUUUUAGUUUACCUCAGAUUCAGCAAGUGAAACUGAGGAACAAUGCCUUUGGUCAAAAACUAGACAUGAGUGGGCACAUAAGCCAGCAACUUCAACUCAUCGAUUUGGAGAACAACGACAUAUCGUCUGUAACAAUUGGCUCUGAAUACAAAAGCACAUUACUGUUAAUUGGAAAUCCUGUUUGCUUGGCUUCCCUGGAGAACACUGUCUAUUGUCAGAUUCAGCAGUCGGGAAAACCGUACUCGACCAGCCUCGCAAACUGCGGGAGCCAAAUAUGCACCUUGGAUCAAAAACUCAACCCGCAAAGCUGUGACUGCGCUUAUCCGUAUGAAGGGACGUUAUACUUCAGAGCACCAUCGUUCAGGGAUUUGUCGAAUGCCAGUUUGUUCCAUUCUUUAGAAAUGAGCCUUUGGGUGAAACUAGGCCUUUCUCCUGGCUCCGUUUCCUUGCAGAAUCCGUUCUUUAACGCGGACGACUAUCUUCAGGUGCAGCUUGGGCUGUUUCCCUCCAAUUCAAGGUACUUCAACAGGUCAGAGGUCCAGAGCAUUGGAUUUUCACUAAGUAACCAAACGUACAAGCCUCCAAGAGAGUUUGGGCCAUACUAUUUCAUCGCAUCACCGUACGUUUUUGGAGAUGAAAACAAGAGAGCUCAUAUCAGCAAAGGUGUGAUUGCUGGGAUUACGACCGGAUGCGCGUUUCUAGUCAUUGUUCUGGCAGGGCUAUUGACAUAUGCUAUCAGGCAAAAGAAACGGGCUGAACAAGCGAUAUCGUUAAGCAAAGCAUUUGGAUCUUGGGCUCCUAGCGGCCAAGACAGCGGAGGGGCACCACAGCUUAAAGGAGCAAGAUGGUUCUCGUACGAUGAGCUCAAAAAAAGCACCAAUAACUUCUCCGACAACAAUCUGAUCGGCUCGGGGGGCUAUGGAAAGGUCUAUAGAGGAGUUCUCUUCAAUGGACAAGUCGUUGCCAUAAAAAGGGCUCAACUAGGUUCAAAACAAGGCGGGCUUGAGUUCAAAACCGAAAUCGAGUUACUCUCAAGAGUUCAUCACAAGAACCUUGUUGGCCUUGUGGGAUUCGGUUUUGAACAAGGAGAACAGAUGUUGGUUUACGAGUUCAUGCCUAAUGGAACACUAAGGGAAAGUUUAUCAGGAAGAAGCGGAGUCCAUCUAGAUUGGAAGAGGAGGAUAAGGAUCGCCCUUGGUUCCGCUAGAGGCUUAGCUUACCUACACGAACUUGCAAACCCUCCAAUAAUCCACAGGGAUAUCAAGUCUACCAACAUUUUGUUGGACGACAAUCUCACAGCUAAGGUCGCGGAUUUUGGCUUGUCUAAGCUCGUCUCGGACACUUCAAAAGGGCAUGUCUCGACUCAAGUAAAAGGCACACUGGGCUACCUCGACCCUGAAUAUUACAUGACACAACAGUUAACCGAGAAAAGCGACGUGUACAGCUUUGGCGUGGUGAUGCUCGAGCUCAUCACCGCUAAGCAGCCUAUCGAGAGGGGAAAAUACAUCGUCCGGGAAGUGAGGGUGGCGAUGGAUAGGAACGACGAAACACACUAUGGAUUGAGUGGGAUGAUUGAUCCUGCCAUAAGGAACACACCAUGCCUCAUAGGAUUUCCUAGGUUCCUAGAGCUGGCUAUACAAUGCGUCGAGGAAUCAGCCUCGGAUCGUCCGACGAUGAGCGAGGUCGUCAAGUCCCUCGAAACUAUAUUGCAGAAUGAUGGCCUGAACACAAACUCAACCUCAGCAUCAUCUUCUGCAACAGAAUUUGGAGGUGGUAAGGGUGCCCUUAGACACCCUUACAGUGAUGCUUUUGACUAUAGUGGUGGAAUCUACACAUUUCAGGCUAAGGUUGAACCCAAGUAAUGAGACAAUCUUACAUAUAUAUACUUGAUACUUCUUACUUAAUUUAAUUUUUUUGACUUCUUUGAAGAAAUUUUAAUACAUAUGAAGAGAAAGAUAUGUUGUUUCUCAAGUUUUAUUUUGUGGAUAAAUUGUUGAAUUAUAUGUAGAAAAAAAGUGCU